CGUGUCUCUUUCUUCUAGAAUUCUGAAGGUGGACUCUAUGUAUGCAUGAAUACAUUUUUGGCCUUUGGAAGGGAACACGUAGAAAGACAUUUUCGGAAAACUGGACAGAGUGUCUACAUGCACCUGAAAAGACACGUGCGAGAGAAGGUAAGAGGGGCAUCUGGUGGAGCUUUACCCAAAAGGAGGAAUUCCAAGAUUUUUUUAGAUCUAGAUACUGAUGAUGAUUUAAAUAGCGACGAUUAUGAAUAUGAAGAUGAAGCCAAGCUUGUUAUAUUUCCAGACCACUAUGAAAUAGCACUGCCAAAUAUUGAGGAGUUACCAGCCCUGGUAACGAUUGCCUGUGAUGCAGUUCUCAGCUCAAAGUCUCCGUAUAGAAAGCAGGACCCAGACACAUGGGAAAAUGAAUUGCCGGUAUCCAAAUAUGCCAAUAACCUCACGCAGUUGGACAACGGAGUCAGGAUUCCUCCAAGUGGUUGGAAGUGUGCCAGGUGUGACCUGCGGGAAAACCUCUGGUUGAAUUUGACUGACGGCUCUGUGCUGUGUGGGAAGUGGUUCUUUGACAGCUCUGGGGGCAACGGGCAUGCGCUGGAACAUUACAGAGACCUGGGCUACCCUCUAGCUGUGAAGCUGGGAACCAUCACUCCUGAUGGGGCAGAUGUUUAUUCUUUCCAAGAAGAGGAACCUGUUUUGGAUCCUCAUUUGGCCAAGCACUUAGCACAUUUUGGAAUUGAUAUGCUUCAUAUGCAUGGGACAGAGAACGGGCUCCGAGACAACGACAUCAAGCCGCGGGUCAGCGAGUGGGAAGUGAUCCAGGAGACAGGGUCGAAGCUGAAGCCCAUGUACGGCCCCGGCUACACGGGGCUCAAGAACCUGGGCAACAGCUGCUAUCUGAGCUCCGUGAUGCAGGCCAUCUUCAGCAUCCCGGAGUUCCAGAGAGCGUAUGUGGGAAAUCUUCCAAGAAUAUUUGACUACUCUCCUUUAGAUCCAACACAAGAUUUUAACACACAGAUGACUAAGUUAGGACAUGGCCUUCUCUCGGGCCAGUAUUCAAAACCUCCCGUGAAAUCUGAACUCAUUGAACAGGUGAUGAAGGAGGAGCAUAAGCCUCAACAGAACGGGAUCUCCCCACGCAUGUUUAAGGCCUUUGUGAGCAAGAGCCACCCGGAAUUCUCCUCCAACAGACAGCAAGAUGCCCAGGAAUUUUUCUUGCACUUGGUGAAUCUAGUAGAGAGGAACCGCAUUGGCUCAGAAAACCCGAGUGAUGUUUUUCGGUUUUUGGUGGAAGAACGUAUUCAGUGCUGUCAGACCCGGAAAGUCCGUUACACGGAGAGGGUGGAUUACCUGAUGCAGUUACCUGUGGCCAUGGAGGCAGCAACCAACAAGGAUGAACUAAUUGCCUACGAGCUAACGAGAAGGGAGGCAGAAGCAAACAGAAGACCCCUUCCUGAGCUGGUUCGUGCCAAGAUACCGUUCAGCGCCUGCCUUCAGGCCUUUUCUGAGCCAGAAAACGUUGAUGAUUUCUGGAGCAGUGCCCUGCAAGCAAAGUCUGCGGGUGUGAAAACAUCCCGCUUUGCCUCAUUCCCUGAAUACUUGGUAGUGCAGAUAAAGAAGUUCACUUUUGGUCUUGACUGGGUUCCCAAAAAAUUUGAUGUUUCAAUUGACAUGCCAGACCUACUUGAUAUCAACCACCUCCGAGCCAGGGGGUUGCAGCCAGGAGAGGAGGAACUUCCGGACAUCAGCCCCCCCAUAGUUAUUCCUGAUGACUCCAAAGAUCGCCUGAUGAACCAACUGAUAGACCCAUCAGACAUCGAUGAGUCAUCAGUGAUGCAGCUGGCCGAGAUGGGCUUCCCUCUAGAAGCGUGCCGGAAGGCUGUGUACUUUACUGGAAAUAUGGGAGCUGAGGUGGCCUUCAACUGGAUCAUUGUUCACAUGGAAGAGCCAGAUUUUGCUGAACCACUGACCAUGCCUGGUUAUGGAGGAGCAGCUUCUGCUGGAGCCUCUGUUUUUGGUGCUACUGGACUGGAUAACCAGCCUCCGGAGGAAAUUAUAGCUAUUAUUACCUCCAUGGGAUUCCAUCGAAAUCAGGCUAUUCAGGCACUACGAGCAACGAACAGUAACCUGGAAAGAGCACUGGAUUGGAUCUUCAGCCACCCUGAGUUUGAGGAGGACAGUGACUUUGUGAUCGAGAUGGAGAAUAAUACCAAUGCGAACAUUAUUUCUGAGGCCAAGCCUGAAGGACCUAGAGUCAAGGAUGGAUCUGGAAUGUACGAAUUAUUUGCGUUCAUCAGUCACAUGGGAACAUCUACAAUGAGUGGCCAUUAUGUUUGCCACAUCAAAAAGGAAGGAAGAUGGGUGAUCUACAACGACCACAAAGUCUGUGCCUCCGAAAGGCCCCCUAAAGACCUGGGCUACCUGUACUUUUACCGCAGGGUACCGAGCUAAACCUCAUGUGCAGACUGGCGAGAAGAAGCCAUAUGCCUUUUUAAUUUGCCAAAAAAAAAAAAAAAAAAAAGAAGUUGGGACAGCCAGACAUGAAGGAAUACAUGGGGUAUUUAUAGUUUAUUUAAAGAACAUCAUUUGAUGCCUUCUGAAAUAGAACUGGGAGGAAAUUUCUAUCAGUGAUGAUACACUACUGUAGAUAGUUUUUCUUUUUAUAAAUGUUUAAGAAGAGAAUGAUUUAAAAAAAGAAGUAUUCAUAUUGCUGGUGAGGGAUCUGUCACUGGCACAUCAAAACAGGACUGUGCCACCAGCCCUCUGUUGUAGUUUGGGGGUCAGCGGCCGUGGCCUCCAGAGAAACCAGGUCAUGGGGCCAGUCCUGUCGCCUCACCCACAAUAAACAAAAAGCCCGCUUUUGUUUCAUAUCGAACAUCAGUAACCAGGCUGGGCUUUACUUGUGACAUAAUUUUUUUCAUGAUGCACAAUAGUUUCUGACCUCUCCAUGUACAGUAGAUUAGAACAUCCACAACGAGAGAUGUUUAAUUUAAACCAUAUCAAAAUUCAUAAUCUGGUUGUGUGAAUGUGUGUGAGAAUGAGACCCAGAGUGUGAGACCUUUCUAGGCAACUAGAAAACCUGUGACGGGUUGGUUUUUAAAGGUUAAAAUAGGUGGUAUUAAGCAUAGCUGGAGAAAGCAAGUAAAUAUUUUAAAGAAACUAUAACUCAGGAACAGUUUAAAAAAUUAGCUCCCCCACUUAGAUGUUCAGGCGUAAAAAGGGCUGUGGCCCCUUUCCGUGCUGUCAAGAAUCCCUGUGGGUUUGUGACACUGGUAUCAACACAGAUGCCCACAGCAGCACAUGUUGUUCUUUGCCAAAGGUAGAUGGAUUCUGUCUGUCAGCAGCCCUUCCCCUAAGGCGUCGUGGUGUGUAUUGUUAGUUAGGAUAGCUGAUUUCUUCCUGCCAUAACACGUGACAGCUCCCUGGAAUCAUGCUAACUGCGCCAGAUUUGUCUGUCGUUUUCUCAUCCCCCAGCAAUCUGCCUCCGUUUCUACUUUUUCUGGGGCCAGAGUCUCCUCUCUGCCCUUUCUUGGCUUGUCACCUCCUGACUUGCCUCACUGCUUAUCUGCUGUGACCAACGGUGUGAUCUUGGGCAGUUUAAGGGUUUCAGUUGCAAAGAAACUUUACAUGACAUUAUGAAAGACCAUCGUUUCCAUUUUUGGUAUUUUAGUAUUUUAGUUGCAAUCUGGAAUUGGAUCAGAGUUUCAAAUGUGAUGAAAAAAGUAGAAGGCUAGUGCUCUAAAAUUUUCCUACUGCGCUGUACCAAAUGCCAGGGCCUCUGGAGUUUCUAUUUCAGAUUCUUCAGUCAAAUAAAGCAGGAUUUAUUGCUGUCUGCUUAACAUGCAUUUGAUUGGUAGAAAGGAUCUUUCUGGAAACUAGGAAAAUAAAGCAGAAUCAGUUGGGUGAAAUACAGCACAGAAUUUCACAGUUCUGUGAAAUACAGAAAUGGGAUGAUGACUUGUGAGUUAUGAGCAGUCAGGAUUCUGGUUCUGAUUGGGGCCCUGCUCACAGGAGAUCAGUGAUACUUUGUGUACGAGGGAUGGGGAGCCUGAGGCCUGUGGCCCGGGGACCUGGGUGCUGCUGAGCUGGGCGAGGCCCCUCAGCCUCCCUGUGCCUCAGUCAUCUGCACGAUGGUGUGGUGACACCUACCCUCUCCUUCCAGCUGUGCUUGGAGGAUCUGGCGAGAGCCGGUGUGACAAGUGUUGUGCGCAGGCAGGUCCUGGUAGAGUAAGUGUCCUCUCUUGUCUGAUCUGAUGUUUUCUUCAGUUUGAGAACAAAUGAGAUUGGCAGGAGGGAGCUCAUGGUGUGAAAAUCCUCUACUAAACUCUGCCCCCUGGUGUCACCUUCGAACAUGGUCUCGGACAUCCUAGAGCAGUCCCAGUCUGGGACACGGGUCCCUGUCUCCUGUAGAAACCCCUACACUAAGGAGCCUUACAAAAUCCAGUCUCCUCACGGCCGAGUCUCAUAGAAUAAUGACUCCAAACACACAUCCAAAAUGACGUCUUUUCACUGCUGGUACGAAGUGAAGGCCUUUUUUGGGGGGUGGGAGGGUGGUUGGGAAUUUGGAUUGAAAUGUGGAGAAAAUGGCAUGUGUAUUUUGAACAAAAACAAAAUUUAUAAUCAAACUUUGAAAAACAAAUGGUGCAAAGUUGGUAUUUAAGAUUAUAGGCUACACAUUAAUUCAUUCAGUAGAAAAAGAUUUAGCCCUUUUGAUACCUAACCAUAUUGUAAGAAAAUGUAACAUGGCUGCCUUUUUUUUUUUUCAGCGUCACAAAACAAAGGGCUAUUUCUAUAAGGCAAAGUUUUAUAUAUGUGCUAUUCUUUAUUUCUGAUUGAGAGUUGGGAAAAACUGGAGCAAAUACUGGUUUUCUUUUAUGCUUACCAAUGUAUUUACAUGUAUAUCUUAAUAUAUUUCAAGGCAAGUUUCCCUGGAAUCAGAGUCUGGAAUAUACUGCUUAAUUUUCCACAUGUAUGUAGAUGAGAUUAUGACUGAAACUGGAAUAGUGUGUGUAUUUUGUCAACUGAUCAUCAGCCUGUUAGGACUCUUCUGUGUGAGGCGUGCUGGUGUAAUUGUGAAAUUCUCACUGUGUGCGGGUGUAUGUGUGAAGGAGAGCACCUUCUUCCUGUAAAUAUCUUUUGAUACCCAUUUGUGUAAAAUCCUGAUGAAUAUGUCUUUGGAGAAUACAGCUAUCAGAUUUUUAUUUUGUCAGUUGAUCUAAAUGCCCAUAUAACUAAUCAGAAAUCCAGUUUGGUUCAGUUUGGGAUUUUUUUUUUUUUUGAGGGGAGAAAAAGUAUGCCGAAGGGACUAUUAAGAAGUCAUGUUUGAAUGCGGCUUCACGUCAGCACUGCUUUAAUACUUUGAAUCGAUGUGCCGUUUUCUCCCACCCACAAGAGAACGUGCCUGGCACUCCCUGUGCUCACCGUGGGCCGGAGGGAGUGGCUCGAGCCUCUUACCCCCGACAUCAUUUACUCCCUCUGCCUGAACUGGAUGGAGCCUCACCUGCAAUUCACAGUGAGAGCACCUGUCCUUGUAGCCCGGCUCCGCUUCUGGGUGCGGUGGGACUGGGUCACGGUACCUCUCUCAGCAUUUUCCUUUAAAAUGAUGAGUUAGACCAGGUAAGCUCACAAGUCCCUUUCUGCCCUAACAUCCAAUUCUAUUUUUAUUUUCCUAUGGUUACAGCUGGGGUCAGACAUGUGAGAUGUGAGGGAUCACAUAGAGGUUAGAUGUUAGGUUUUUGGUUUGUUACAGCUCAUGCACCCCACUUUAGAACCUGCCUCAUUUUUAGUGUCCCCACCCCAACUGCUUAUUCCUACUUUCUUGAGUAAUUUCUUUGGUAAUUAUUCCAUCUCCCUCCUCCAACACCCACUGCCCCUCCGACCUCCAACGCUGGAAACUCUCCACUUCCCAGUUGAUAAGGUGUUUUGUUACUGUCCUCCUCAAAAAUGAGAAAUCUGUUUAAAACACCUCCUGCCCUAAAAAAUCUGAGAGCUACCUUCUGCUGACUUUGUGACCUUAAUGGAAUAUUUUCUUACUCUAACUCAGUUAUAGCUGUGAUCCUCAAAUAAGUUUUUCUGCCACAGAAAGGAUGCCUUUUCAUCUCGUAGGCAUCACUGUUGCUAAAUCACACCAUCUGCAGGGAAAUGGCCAGGGUCGGGGGCAGGACUGGGGGAUAGGGUUAGAUAAAACGUGGUUCUAUCUUUUACCUAAGGUCAGAGGUCCUAGGUUCUGUACCCUGACGCGGGUGUGUGAGAUCGCCCACGCAGUGCCAUGGAGGUUCCCUACUCAUAAGUCAUCCUGGAAGAGUGUGUGUUACGAGUCUCUAGAUCUGCACUGUUCAGUAAGUCAUCCGUGGUCACGUGUGGCUAAUGACCUCUGGAAAUGCGUCUUGUCCAAACUGAGGUGCUGUACACAGGAAAUACACACCAGACUGAAGGCAUGGUAACAAAAAGGGAAUGUAAAAUAGUGCAUCAAUAUUUUCUAUGGAUUUUAUGUGCUAAAAUGACAAUACUUUAGAUAUAUUAAAUAAGGUAUUAUUAAAAUUUUAUCUUUUUUCCAAAUGUGGCUACCAAGAAAUUUUGAAAUUGGACAUGUGACUUGCGUUGUACAUCUGCUGAACAGUGCUUCUCUAGACCAGGUCGGGUCAGGGAGGCAGUGAGAUGCUGUAGGAGUGGAAGGUAAUUCUCUGAAGCAUCCAGGCAGACAGAGGCAACACAAAUGUUUUUGCUGGAGUUGGGAGCACUGUGAGGCACAGAACGAACGCCUUCCAGAAAGCAGAAGAUUUUUUUUACAUAAAAACCAAUAUAUAUAAGACCCCUAUUAAAAAAGCAAAUGAGUCCAAACCCUGUCCCUUCAGCUUUGCCUAGAAGCUGCCAGCUUUGCAUUUAUUUUUUAAGCAUCUUCUAGGUGCCAGGGAUGUCAGCCACAUGAGGAUGCUGGGCGGACUUAUUUCACUUUGGGCAACAUUCUCUUGUGGUUUCCCCUCCCCAGGUAUUGUUUCAUCUGUUCAGAGCUGGGCGUGUUAAAAUCCUGUGCAAAUCUUGCCACUCCUCCCGGCCUCAGCAGAGGGCUCAGCCUGUGGCCAGCGCCUGUCUGCCCAGCAGGGUUUGACGUUGGCUUCUGAAAGAGUGUGUGUCUGUUUUAUUUCGCACUAGUCACAGUUGUUGUUUAAAAUAUCUCAGAUGUUUCGGGAGAGUAUUUGCCUGUGAUAGAAAGAGAGAUGGAUGAUUUAUUGCUUCAGUUGUUUUAAAAUUAAAAGCUAUUCUCACAAUCUGAGGUCCCUUUAUGGCUUUUUCUUUCUCUUUUUUCUUUUGCAAGAUGCCAAGUAAACAGAUUCUGCCUUUUGCAGGUUCUUAUCCAUCAGUGGAACAGGUAACGUGGGACAGUGCCUAAUUUUAUUUCUUUCUAGGGUUUCUUUGUGUGGGCCCCGAGGUUGCCUGGUCCCCGUCAGUGGUGGAACAUCCGCAGUGGCAAGACGUUAUCCCGGGGCGGGGGUGUCUGCUGUCUUUCAGAACUUCUCUCCUGGGUUUCAAGUUGCACAUUGGAAUCAGUUGAAACCUUUCUGUGGGUUUCCGGCUCUCAGUUUGCUGGUGGCUUCCUUGACGCAGGUAUAGGCAGAAUCGACACUAGUUACAUCGAGGGAUUUCAGCAUUUUUAUGACGCCGUGUUUCUAGGCUGUAUAUGAGUUUCCUGUUGCUGCUGUAACAGAUUACCACAAACUUAGGGGCUUAAAACAGCACAUUUCUUAGGUGAGAAAGUCUGGAAACGGGUCUCACAAGGCUAAAAUCAAGGUGCUGGCAGGGAAGCUGGAGGAGAGAACCCAUUCGUUGGUCUUCCAGCUUCUGGAAGCUGUUCUUGUUCCCUGGCUCACGCCCUCCUGGCAGCACUGGCUUUCUUCCAGCACCUGCUUGUGUUGUCAUAUCUCUGUCACUGGUUCUCCUGCCUUUCUUACAGAGACCCUUAUGAUUACAUUGGGUUUGCCCAGAUUUUCCAGAGGAAUCUUCCCAUCUCAGGAUCCUUAACUACAGCUGCAGUGUUCCUUUUUUCCCAUGUAAGGUAACACAGUCACAGAUGUGGGGGGACAUUAUUUUGCCUACCAUAUAGGAGAUGCUAGUUACUACUUAAAAUAUGUUUAUUCAAUGCUUAAAAUUUUUAAAAGAGUGAACCUCUGCUUCUAAAAAUCCAAGUGAAAUGACUGACGCCAGUGUUACGCCGUAUGUUUUGGUGAGGGGGUGAGAGGAAAAGGGAAUGAUUGGGAGAGUGAGGGGUCAUUUACAAUCCAGAGAACUGUGAAGUUUUAGGACCAUGUUUGCAAGCCAGUUGCUGUUUACAUCCCCUUGAUCCGUCCCACUGUGUCCAGUGGGAGAGUGUACCAGUGUGUGUAUGUGCUGUUUGAACUUAUGGUCCUGCUUUUCGAAUGUCGUCAGGGACAAACUUCAGUCACAGUGGGGAAGUUUAAUAAGAAAAUGGUGAGUUAUCCUCAUGUAGCCAAUUACUUAAAAAUCUACUCGGAAACGUCUUUCAGUGAGGUCAGGAGGCAGGGUGGGAUAAUGGGAAGAGAAGAAUAGAGACAAGGUCAAAUCCUGUUGUCAACACAGGGUAGCUGUGUGACUGUGCGAAGCACUUAAUACCCUAAGACUCAGUCAUCCCAUCUGUUCAGUGGGCAUAAUACUUGAGUUCGAGUAUCACAGGAUACUUUUACUGUGCUAUUUUAUGUUGUCAUGUUAACCCAUAUAGCAUUUUGGGUUACCUCUAUGGAGGCUUUGACCUAUUGAGUCUAAAAAAUUCCUUUAAAACAAUCAGAAUUAUACCAGCAUUGAUGACUUUUUUUUUUUCAGGAAAUAAUUCCAUUAAGCCAAUUUAUUUUGUUAUUCUGUAUAGCAUGGUUCAUCAUUCAGUAAAUACUAAAGGUCUACCAUGUGCUGGGCAUUGUUUUUCUUAGCUGUGUCAGUAAACAAAGUAGACUAGGUCUCUGCCCUUGCCGAGUUAAUUUUCUACCAGGGAGAGACAGAUACUAAACAUAAGAAAUAAGUAAGUACGUUAGAAGAGAUUGAGUCCUAUGGAAAAAAGAAAAUGAAGAGCAGGGGUGGAGGUGCAGACUGAAGGACUAAAUUGGAUACUCAGGGAAGGCAUCGUCUGGAGGUGAGAUUUGAAUGAAGGAUUGGAGGAGGUGAAGGAGUCAUUCAAAUGGAUGUUUUGGGGGAAGGACGUGCUUGGCAGAGGGACUAGCUGGAGCACUGACUCCGGGGUGGGGACAUUUCUGAUCUGUCAGAGAAGCAGCAAGGGGACCAGUGUGGUUGGAGAGAAGGGAAUUAGUGGGAGAGGAGAGUGGAAGGGGCCAGAUCACCUGAGCCCAGGAGGUGUUGGAAGGGCUUGACUCUAGAGUGCAGGGCGGGCCAUUACAGGGUCUUGAGCAGAGCAGUGACCUGAUCUAAGGUCCAAGAAGAUAAUUCUUUGUUUAGAGUAGAUGAUAGGAGGGCCAGGGAGGAAGUAGGAGCUACUGUGGCAAGUGAGGGGAGAGGAUCAUGGCUCAGAUGGAUGGGGUAGCAGUGGAGGUGGUAUGGAUGGGCAGAUUCUGGACACAUUUGAAGGUAAAGCCAAUAGAAUUUCUUGCUGGAUAGGAUGUGGGAUGUGAGGGGAUAAGCGUAGUUAAGGCUGCCCCCCAAGUUUUUGUUCUGUGCAACUGAAGAAUGUAGUUGCAAUCAGCUAAGGUGGUUAGGGUGCGGUGGGGUUGGAGGUGGUGGUGGGGAAGGAUGGUUAGGAGGCCAGUUUGGGAUACAUUGGGUUUGAAAUGCCUGUUAGACCUCCGUGGUCGAUGUUGAGUAGGAAGCUGGAUAUACAGCUCUGGACUUUGAGAGUGAAGUCCUGACUGUCGGUAAUGGGAGUGGUUGGUAUUUAGAUGGUAUUUAAAGCCAUGGGACUGGGUGAGAUCAUCAAUGGAGGGAGACAGGAAAUAUAAGAGGUCCAGGGACUGAGCCUUUCAACAUAAGAAGUCAGGGAGAAGACGAGCCACGAAGGAGAUGUGAAGAGAGACCACCAAUAUGCACGGAAACCAAGACGAUGGCACCUGGAAGUGGAAGCCAAGUGGAGAAGGCGUCUUGAGGAGGUGAGUGAUCACCUGUCAGAUAACUGCGGUAGGUUAAGUAAGAUGAGUUCACUGUGAGAUUGAUCAGCUUGGGCUCUUGGGUGAUCUCCAUGAGAACAGUUUGGGAGGAGAGGAAUUGCAGAAGAUGAGUGUAGACAACUCUUGGGGGAGAUUUGCUACCAAGGAAAGUGAAGCAGUGGGGUGAUGGCUGACUGGGGAAGUGGGAUGGGAUUUAGAGAAGUUUUUCCUUUUAAUUGUGAGAAAUAAGAUGGUCAAACAAAGGAGGGAGGAUGUAGGAGGGAGAGGGAAGAAGUGCUGAGCCAUUACUCUUGAACAGGCAAGAGGUGAUGGAAUCUGGUGACAAAGUCGGAGCCGACUCUAGGCAGGGCCUGGAAGACCUGCAUGGGGACAGGAGGAGGCAGGGACCGGAGUGUCGAUGCCACAGCCAGGAGAGCAGGAGACUGAGUGCCGUGAGUCUGGGAGUUCUCUCCUGUCUGCCUUCACUGCCUCAGGGAAGUAGGAAGCAUGGCCAGCUUAGGGGGGGUGUGGGGCAGAGUGGGGAUUUGAGGAGAGAGGAGGGGGUAAGAAACUUACCCAAACUCUUCCCAGACUUUUACAUUUUCCUUUCUAUUCUGAUGAACUUACUUUAAUUGUUAACAAUUCUGUAAGUUUUAUAAGGACAGUCUGAGUCAUCAGUUUGUUUUCCAUCCUCAUCAGGUUUUCUCACUAUUAUAACUUUUGCUAUUGCAAACUCCCCUUUGCAGCCGUUAUUUCCACUGGGUCCAGCUUUCCCAGGUCAAAUUUUGUAAAUCUAAAUUUUGUCGAGAGGAUUUUGUUUUUAUCAGUUUUUAACCAAUAGCAAAUUUUACUACAAGCAGUGUUGGCCAUCAUCUUGGUAAUUUCUCAAGCCUACUUUUUCCCAGGUCAGUUUGUGCAGUUUUUAGUAUUAGAUGGGAUCUUUCACCUGUCUUUAAAUCUCUUAAGACAUUUUUUUCACCUGGCACAGUUUUUGCUAUUAUGUUAAUUAUUUGCAGGAAUAUUAAUUAUGGACUGGAUGCAAUUAUCAGUAGAGCAAAGACUUAGGACCUUGGGCGCCCACUGAGUUUAAAACUGCAGGUUAGAAACGUGGUAGCUUCCAGUAAAUUGAUAGCUUCCUUUUCUGUUUCCCUUUUCAAAGAACUCAGGCUGGAAAGGCUCUACUGCCUGGUCUCCACCCUUCUGAACAGUGAGCAGACUCGAGCAGAGCACCUACUGAGAAUCAUAGUUUUUUGCCCUGUGGAACUAAAGUAACAUUAACCAUUGGUUCCUCACGUUCUGAUUCAUUGACGAUUAACUAGGCGGCAUUAUUUAUUAUGCGAUGUAAGUAAGGAAAAAAAUAGGCCAGUCCUUGUGAGACCUAAAAUACUGGCUAGUUGAGGUACUACCUCAAGGAGCCCUGUACAGAAAUGUAAAAGACCCUUCAGACCUUGGGCUGCUUCUGUAUACACUGGGGUGAAGCAGCUGUUUGGGGACAUUAACAUAAUUCACGUUUAAUGUGGGAGGGUAGGAGACAUAAGAGUUUGAGUCAUGCAGCAGGUGGGGAGAGAAGCCACAAUUCACCACUAGGUAGAUGGCAUUUUACUGUAUGUAGAGUAACAGUGGAGCAGGAAAGAAAGAUGUACAGCUUGAUUUUCUAGAGGAGAAAACAGAAUCCCACCUGAAGUGCUGCCGCAGAUGGGAAGCAGGGGCAGUCGAGAGGGAGAGCCUGUUGUCUCCGUCCCCAACCUGACCACUCAAGGACUUUAGCAUGCAUCUUGGAAACACAAACUUCCACCUCAGUGGCAUCCAUCCCCCCGGGGGUAAGUAAGUCCGCCCUUUCCCUGCUCCAGGAAGUCCUCCCGUCUCCGUUCGGACACCUCACAUCUCCCUGGGCUCCUUUUCCUUAAGCACACACCACACUUGUUCCUGUCUUGGCAUCUUUUGCUAGCUGUGGGCUCUGCCAGGACGCUUGUCCCCAGCUCCACUUGGCUGGCUUCUUGUAAUUUAAAUCUCAGUUCUAAGGUCACCUAUGAGAAACCUUUCCUGACCACCUAUGAAUCCCUUACCUGCCUAGUUCUUCUUAGCGCUUUGCAGCACGUGGCGUUCUUACUCGUGUAUUUGUUGAUCUUUCCCAGAAAUCUAAGCUCUUCAAGGGCUUGAUUUGAUUUACUUACCACUGUCCUGCUCUAGAACAGUGCCUGCAACUUAGUAGGUGCUGAAAUAUUAAAAGAAAAAGACCCUAAAACUGAAAUAUAUUUUAAUACUUUUAUUCUAAAAACAAAAAAAUCACAAAAUCCAAUUUCAGGUUAAAUAAUAUUUUAGUCUUUAAAAAUUAACAAAGGAGUACGAUUUUAAAGUUUUGCUUUGUAUCUAAAAUGCAUGCUUGAUUUCCAGAUAACUCAUGCAAAGUCAGAUGUAGUGACUGAUAGUCAAUAAAAAGAACCUUUUAAUCAGUAGUACAAAUUAGAUUCUAUUUGAUUUGAAGCAAUUCUGAACCCAGUAACUCAUUUUCAAAGAUUUCUGAAAAGACCUUGAAGCCACAAAGUUUAUUUGAAAACAUAGUUUAAAAUUGCACAGAUAUAAAUACAAUUUAAUAAUGUGAAAAGGGAAGGCAUGCUUCCAAUUAUAGUACAAAAAUACUACCUUCAUCUUGGUAAGCCCGUGGAGUAAAUUAAACACAUCAAUAUGAUAAGAGAUUAUUUUUAUGAUAGUAAUUUUAUUUCAAAGAGCAACAGAGGGAAAUAGAGUUGUGCUAUGAUAUAUAUUUCACUAAGUACAGACACAUUAUCAUGUAGUAUGCCAAUAACUUACACCCCAAUUGCCAUUAAUUUACUAUAGGUCACUUAGUUUGGGUUGGUUUUAACUUGAAAACUCAAUGUAAACAUUUAAGGUUAAAUUUUUUGUUACCUAUUUCAGCUUAAAAAUGAAAUCCCAAGAUUUUAAACAUUGAGCAUAAGGAAGCAUCACAGAAGAAUUUGUCUCAAACAGUAUUUUAGAUCAGACUAGAUAUGCAAUAUUCAUAGAUAUAUAAAAUAUAUAGAAAUAUCUUUUCUAAAUAGUUAAUAAAUGCUUGUUAUAGUUUGUAUAAAGUUUAUUAAAUUAAUCAGGUUUUUUUCUCCCCAACAAAUAUAAACAAACUUAGGCAAUGAAAUUGAAGAGGGCUUGGAUUAGAUGAUAUGGGGGGGGAAAUUGAAAAUAAAUUGGUAAAAAUUUCCUUUAACUACUGGUAACACAUUCAAUCAUGAAUGUGUUCUUCACGUGGCACAGGUUUUUAAUGGUAUUUUUAUGUGUCUCAGUGAAAAUGCCAAACUGCCUCAUUGAGUGAGUGUAUAUAUCCCCUAGUCCUUUUUAUCACACCGUUUCCAAGGAAUUCAAAGGAAAAGGAAAAAAAAACUAUACCCAUUUUAUUGUUGGGCAAAGAACUGCCUCUUUUUUUUUUUAAUCUUAUUUUGAGUGCAGGUUUGCAGGUUUCCACGGGACCUGUGGGAGCUGUGCUGUGAUGCUCUGCAACGCUCCAGGAGAGUUCGCUCAGUUUCCCAGUGCACAAGACCUGCCGUUCUUUCAAGGAGAGUCAUGGGAAGUGAUCUUGGGAGAAAGCAAAAGGAAUGAUGACUCACCAUGAUUGCCUUACUGCUCCUGUUUCCUGUCCCUCCACCCUGGUAAGGUAUAGGAAAUAGAAAUAGCCCACUAGACAGUUAUAUUUUGAAAUUCAGCAGUGAUCACCAGCCUUCUCUGCAUUUUCAUCCCAUCUACUAGUGAAAGUGUUCCUUGAAAGUCACAUAAAAGAUCUUAGGCUACUCCUCAGUAGUAAUAAAAAACAUACUGAAAGCCUUCCCAUGGUGCCCCAGAAAGUAACCCAAAACAUCCUACCUUUCAAGUGGAAAGAGUAAUGUAAAUGACAAUUUCACACCAGGACGAUAAGAAGCCAAAAACAGUUCUGCUUAAA